AUAGGGCCGGGCUGGCCAACAGUCCAGUCCAGUCGGCCGCGUAGCUCUGCUCUACAUCCCGAAUCGUUCCGUUUCGAUCUGUUCCGAUACGAUCCAACCCGAUUCGAUACGAUCCGUUGUGUUUGCUAGUAGAGUUUAGGGAAAUCGGUGAUCGAUCAGCUUAUUGUGAUUUUCAGAGCCAGACAAGGAUAAGCCUUUGGAUUCGCAUCACCAAGGAUCGCAGACUCGUGUUUUCUUUUUGGAAAAGUGCAAAUGUGGCGUUACUGAAAAAACAUCCUUGCUUUAACGUUCGCGAGUCCUUUCAAACGAAAACCAACCAUUGACUGUGCAGAGUUUGAAAAGUGAAAACAUGAAGCUUCAUCUGGUGGCCCUCCUGGGCAUGCUCAGCGUGGUAUUGGCGGAUCCGUCGCCCACCUUGGCUCCACCCAUCUUGCCCUGCGUGCACGCGGCCACUGCUGGUUAUGCCUAUCCUCCGCCGGCGGAGGUGAAGUUCUCCAUUUCGCCCGGAGUGACCAAGUACAGCCAGAGCCCGGCGAUAUCCACGUACUCGGAGAACGGACAACUCCUGCACACUUCGGUGGGAAGUUCCGGAGCCGCCUAUCAGUCUACGGCCGGAAUCGAGGGCUUGUCCCAUGGUGGCAUCACUCAGAUCAACAAAUACAUAGCUCCCGUGCAGAAGAGCCUGUUCUCUCCCUCAGCGGAGUACGGAGGAGCGGGAAUUACCUAUGCGGACAAGUCACCAGCGGCCAAGUACGCAACCGUGGUGCCGUCGGGCAUCGAAAUCAAGAACCUGGUGUCGCCGGCGGUUACCAAGUUGGACAACUCCUACUUGCCGCCAUCACCAGGAAUCACUAAAGUGGCGACAUACACCUCGCCCGGAUAUAGUUACAGUUCGGCCAGUCCGGGAAUAUCCAAGGUGGCCACUUAUUCCUCCCCAUCGCUUUCGAGCGUUCCCUACUAUGCGCCACCAGUGACUUCCAAGGUGGAGACAUACAGCUCACCUGCGUACACGUACAGCAAGGCCACACCCGGCUACUCCAAGGUGGAGACCUACAGCUCUCCUGGUUACAGCUAUGGACAGAUCUCGCCGGGCAUCUCCAAGAUAGCCACCUACUCGCCAUCGGUUUCGUAUUCAGCGCCAUCGAUUGCCAAGGUGUCCACCUACUCAGCGCCUUCACUAAAACUGGCCACCACUUCGUCACUGCUCUCCUCCCACGGAACAGGAUACUCCGCCAGCUAUGCUCCCUCAAUUACCAAGUACAGCCAGGUAGCAGAUGUAUCCCACCAGUACAUAUCCAAGCCUAUAGUGGCCGCCUAUCCAGCCGUUGCCCCGGCGAUCACCAAGGUGGCGGCCAGCUACGGAGGCACUGCAUCCGGAGCGCUGUCCCACCAGUAUAUCUCCCAACCAGCCAUUGCCAAGGUGUCCACUUACGCUGCUCCCACGGUGGCCACCUACUCUUCUGGUCCUGCCAUCUCGAAGCUCUCCACCAGCUAUGGAUCUUCCGGAUCAGGAGCCAUCUCCCACCAAUAUGUCUCCAAGCCAGCUGUGGCUAUUGCCGCUCCAGCAGUUGCCAAGGUGGCAACCUAUGCUGCUCCUGCCAUUUCAAGCUACUCCACUGGUCCUGCCAUUUCAAAGGUAGCCUCCUAUGCAGCUCCCACUGUCUCCACCUACUCCUCGGGAUAUGGUUAUGGUUCGAGUGGAUCAGGUGCCGUCUCGCACCAGUACGUGUCCAAGCCUGCGGUGGCCAUUUCAGCCGCUCCUGCCAUCGCCAAGGUGGCUACCUAUGCAGCUCCUGCCAUUUCCACUUAUGCGGCAGCUCCAGUGGUGUCCAAAGUCGCCACUGGAUAUGGAGGAAGUGGCUCGGGAUACAGUUCGGGCGCUGUUUCCCAUCAGUAUGUCUCUAAGCCAGCGGUGGCUAAAGUGGCAACCUAUGCUGCUCCUGCCAUUUCAACAUACUCAGCAGCUCCCGCAGUGACCAAGAUCGCGACAAGCUAUGGAGGAUCGGGUCAUGGAGCCGUCUCCCAUCAGUAUGUCUCCAAGCCAGCAGUAGCCAUCUCAGCAGCCCCCGCAAUCGCUAAGGUUGCGACUUACGCUGCUCCGGCAAUAUCAACGUAUGCCACUGCUCCUGCCGUCUCAAAAGUGGCUACCUACGCUGCUCCCUCCAUAGCUACUUACUCCUCCGCUCCGGCUCUAGCCAAGGUUUCCUAUAGUCAGGCAGCGGAUGUAUCCCACCAGUACAUUUCCAAACCUAUUGUGGCUGCCUAUCCAGCAGCUGCUCCCGCAGUGGCCACAUACUCUUCCGCUCCAGCCAUCACCAAGCUCUCCACAAGCUAUGGAUCGUCAGGAUCGGGAGCCGUCUCCCACCAGUAUGUGUCCAAGCCGGCGGUGGCUAAGGUCUCCGCAUAUGCAGCUCCAGCAAUCUCAACAUAUGCUACUGCUCCCGCCGUAUCCACAUACUCGGCAGCUCCAGUGGUAGCCAAAGUGGCCACGGGAUAUGGUGGAAGCGGAUCGGGAUACAGCUCCGGAGCAGUUUCACAUCAAUAUAUCUCGAAGCCAGCGGUUGCCAUUGCAUCAGCUCCAGCGAUCGCCAAGGUAGCAACAUAUGCUGCUCCGGCCAUCUCCACCUAUUCCUCGGCUCCCAGUCUCACCAAGAUAUCCACGGGCUAUGGAGGAUCGGCCCAUGGAGGAGCACUCUCCCAUCAGUACAUCUCUAAGCCGGCGAUCGCAGUGGCUUCAGUGGCUCCUGUACUCUCCAAAACUUACUUGCCUGCCGCUCCAGCCGUUGCUAAAGUAGCCACAGGCUACGGAAUCAGUGGCUCGGGAGCCGUGUCCCAUCAGUACGUAUCCAAGCCAGCAGUGACACUAGCUGCGCCAGGGGUUGCCAAGGUGGCCACCUAUGCUGCUCCGGCAAUAUCCAGCUACUCCACUGGAGCUGGCAUAUCGAAAGGAUUGUCCUAUGCAGCUCCUGUGGUUUCGACGGGCCACGGGUACGGAGGAAGUGCCUCCGGAUAUAGUUCUGGAGCAGUCUCUCAUCAGUAUGUGUCCAAGCCAGCGGUUGCCAUUUCAGCUGCUCCUGCAAUUGCCAAAGUAGCCACAUAUGUAGCUCCAGCUGUGGGCCACAUUUCCGGUGGACACGCCGUCGGCUCCGUUCCCGUUUUGUCCACUAAGCUGGCUACUGACUACGGAGGCAGUGGAUCGGGCUACAGUUCGGGAGCUGUUUCCCAUCAAUAUGUCUCCAAGCCAGCUGUGGCCAUUUCAGCUGCUCCUGCUAUCGCCAAGGUGGCCGUUCCAACUGUCAGCCACAUUUCCACUGGUCCAUCCAUCCCGCUGGGAGUGGGAGUUGGGUACGGGUCUAGUGGACAUGGGGGAGUUUUGCUCGGUGCCCCGCUGACCAAGUUGACAUCGGCUCCAGCUUAUUCCCUGGGAGGAAAGCUUGCCAGCAGCACUGCCUACGGAAUCCAUGCGGGGCAUGGAUCUGGUCCUAGCGGUGGUUACUAUGGUGCCAUCUCCCUGGGUCAUGCUAAGGUAUCUCCGGCCCUUAGCUACCACGGUCUACUCUCCCAUGGAUCGGGUCUGGCACCAGGCCCAUCCUCUCUGGCCCAUCUGGACUCCUCCCUGAGUGGAUACUCACACGGAGUGGGUGGAAUCGGACCGCUGGGAGCUGGAUUCUAUCGCUAUGCUCCAAGUGUGCCAGCGCUGAGCAGCCACGCCCCCGUGGCAGCCACCGCCUACUUGAAGUCAGCACCGGUGGCUCAACAUGCCGUCCUAAAGGUGGUGCCCGAGAAGCAUCUGGAGCACUUCGAUGCCCAUCCUCGAUAUGCCUUUGAGUAUGCCGUGAACGAUCCCCAUACGGGAGAUAACAAGCACCAGAAGGAGGAGCGAGAUGGAGACGUGGUCAAGGGAGAGUACUCCUUGGUGGAGCCCGAUGGCAAUGUGCGCACGGUGAAGUACUACGCUGACUGGGAGACGGGCUUCCACGCCGAGGUCAUCAACAGUCGCGACCAGGGCAAAAUUGUGGCCAAGCGUCAGACGGAAACCAAGUCGUGAGCUCUUCGCAGGCCGCAAAUUGUUUUGUUCAUUCAGCAACUGUAAAUAGCCUCAACUCCAAUCUUCUUCUCAUUAAACAUUAAACGUAUUUAUGUAAACCCCACAACGACAGCGAUGUUCCACGGCCACCAUCUUGUCCCGAUAUACCCGAUAUCCAACCAUAUAUCCGACCCACACCUGCCUGCUCUGGAUCCCCGAUUUUGUGCUCAUGUGAUAAGCGUUUCGUUUAAUUGAACUGCUUCUUGCGCUGCUCUCAUCUCAAACUGCGCGCCUCUAUUAUGCCCAACUAUUUGUACAUAAAGGAUUGUAUAUUGAUGUUUGUAAAAUGUUCAUUUCAAAUAAACGACAUUUAAGAUCGCCACAGUCGGGGUGCUCGACAUUGAGA